CUUUACAUUGGCGCGUGAGAUGCAAAGGUUGCUCCUCCUAGGUAGGUUGUAGGCAUCUCCCAUCGCGUGAAGCACCUCUUGAAAAAGCUGACGUGGCGGUCUCUAAUAUCCAUCUGUGUGUCCACGCGACUGCCUCCUCGGUAUACAUAGAGUAACGAUUCGGAAUUAACCCAAAAUUCAACCUCCGGCGAUCGUCGUCCUCUCGAAUUCUGAUCAUAACUGCUGCUUGGGGAAUUUGUUUGAAGGAUGGGAGAAAGAAAGGUGCUGAACAAGUACUAUCCGCCGGACUUCGAUCCGUCGAAGCUGCCGAGGGUCCGGAGGCCGAAGAACCAGCAGAUGAAGGUGCGCAUGAUGCUUCCCAUGAGCAUUCGCUGCAACACCUGCGGUAAUUACAUCUACAAGGGCACCAAGUUCAAUUCCCGCAAAGAGGAUGUCAUAGGCGAGACAUACUUAGGAAUUCAAAUCUUUCGAUUCUACUUCAAAUGUACAAAGUGUUCUGCGGAGCUAGCGAUGAAGACAGAUCCAAAAAAUUCAGACUAUGUUGUUGAGUCAGGUGCCACACGGAAUUUUGAACCUUGGCGUGAAGAGGAUGAGGUAACAGAGAUGGAAAAACAGAAAAGGGAUGCCGAAGAGAUGGGAGAUGCUAUGAAAUCAUUAGAGAACAGAACCUUGGAUUCAAAGAGAGAGAUGGAUAUCCUUGCUGCUCUAGAUGAGAUGAAGUCUAUGAAGUCCAGACAUGCUACUGUGAGUGUAGAUGCCAUGCUUGAGGCCUUGCAGCGCACAACCGGGGAAAAGGAGAAAAGGCUGGAAGAAGAGGAUGAAGCACUUAUAAAAUCAAUAUUUCAUAAGCCAAUAGAUUAUGUUCGAAGAAUUCAUGAUGAAGAUCUUGACGAUGAUGGAGAUAUGAUUCAGCUUUCAAGUGGCAAUGGGGAAAUAUCUGGUGAUAAUCUGAAGAGGAGAAAGGUUUCUGAAGAGCCUCUUGGAAACCCAACAGAUUCUUUGACAAAAGCCACUUCUGUUGACGGCUCCACCAGCAAAGAAGAAAAUCCAGGUGGUUCAGGGGCUGCUGGCAAUUCCAAGUUAAUAUUCAAGUCUUCAGCCGUGAGGAUUUCGGUUAGGAAACCAGCUUCCAAUGAUAGUAAUUUAGUGAAAAUGGAAGGGAACAAACACGGGGCUAGAACCAAUACAAGUGCACUUCAGGCUGUGACCACAGGUGAUAACAAUCCGGCCAGGCACGGAGAUAAUAGCCAAGAGCAUAAAAUUGCUGAUACAAGUGCUGGACUACAAUCGCUCUGCCAAAACUAUGAGAGUGACGACGACUAGUGAUUGAUUGACUGGGAGAGUGUAUCUUGUAAGUUAUAACAAUCAUUUCUUUUGGGAACUUCAUUUACUUUGUUAUUUGGGAGUUCACUCGCAUUGCUGCCAAGCCAAAUUGAUAUGCCUCAUUCCAGCUGAGCCUUGCAAGUUAAUGCAAUUCUUGCUGCCAUGUGCUUCACACCGCUAGCCAAAAGCUCGCCAUCUUGGAUACUAUAGUGCUGAAAUUGAGGAUUUGUACAUUUUUUUAUUUAAUGGCCAAAUCUGUUGAAGUUUCCUU